GCGGGCGGGCCCCGGCGGCGGGCAGGCGGCGGCGGCGGGCGGCGAGGCCUGCGGCGGCCUGCGGGGCGUCCCGGCCGCCCUGGGCAACAACACGCACCCGUGCGUCUUCGACGACCUCAGCGGCUCCGUGUCCCUGUCCUGGGUGGGCGACAGCACGGGGGUCAUCCUCGUCCUGACCACGUUCCAGGUGCCCCUGGUGAUCAUGAGCUUCGGCCAGUCCAAGCUCUACCGCAGCGAGGACUACGGGAAGACCUUCAAGGACAUCACCCACCUCAUCAACAACACCUUCAUCCGCACCGAGUUCGGCAUGGCCAUCGGACCCGACAAUUCGGGGAAGGUCAUCCUGACGGGCGACGUGUCCGGCGGCAGCCGCGGCGGCCGCAUCUUCCGCUCGUCCGACUUCGCCAAGAACUUCGUGCAGACGGAGCUGCCCUUCCACCCGCUGGUGCAGAUCGCCUACCACCCGCAGAGCUCCGACUGCCUGCUGGCCCUCAGCACCGACAACGGCCUCUGGGUCUCCAGGGACUUCGGGGAGAAGUGGGAGCAGAUCCACAAAGCCGUCUGCCUGGCCAAGUGGGGCGCGGACAACACCAUCUUCUUCACCACCUACCUGAACAACUCCUGCAAAGCUGAUCUUGGGUUACUGGAGCUGAAGAAAACCUCCGACUUCGGCAAAACCUUCAAGGUCAUCGGCACCAAGAUCUACUCCUUCGGGCUGGGCGGCCGCUUCCUUUUCGCCUCCGUCAUGACAGAGAAGGGCACCACGAGGCGCAUUCACGUCUCGCUGGACCAGGGCGAGACCUGGAGCAUGGCGCAGCUGCCCUCGGUCGGCCACGAGCAGUUCUACUCCAUCCUGGCCGCCAACGAGGACCUGGUCUUCAUGCACGUGGACGAGCCGGGCGACACGGGCUACGGCACCAUCUACACCUCCGACGACCGGGGCGUGGUGUACUCCAAGUCCCUGGAGCGGCACCUCUACACCACCACCGGCGGGGAGACCGACUUCACCAACGUCACCUCGCUGCGGGGCAUCUACAUCACCAGCGUCCUCUCCGAAGACAACUCCAUCCAGUCCGUGAUCACUUUUGACCGCGGCGGGGAGUGGGUGCCGCUGAGGAAGCCGAAAAACACCACCUGCGACUCCACGGCGAGGAACAAGGAGGAGUGCAGCCUCCACAUCCACGCGUCCUACAGCAUCUCCCAGAAGCUGAACGUGCCCAUGGUGCCGCUGUCCGAGCCCAACGCCGUCGGCAUCGUCAUCGCCCACGGGAGCGUGGGGGGGGCCAUCUCGGUGAUGAGCCCCGACGUCUACAUCUCGGACGACGGGGGCUACACGUGGGCGCGGAUGCUGGAGGGGCCCCACCACUACGCCAUCCUCGACUCGGGUGGCCUCAUCGUGGCCAUCGAGCACACCAGCCAGCCCGUCAACGUCAUCGAGUUCUCCACGGACGAGGGGCAGUGCUGGUACAAGUACACCUUCUCCAAGGACCCCAUUUUCUUCACCGGGCUGGCGUCCGAGCCCGGCGCCCGCUCCAUGAACGUCAGCAUCUGGGGCUUUCGGGGGAACUUCUUGUCCCGCAAGUGGGUCUCCUACACCAUCGACUUCAGCCAGCUGCUGAGCCGGAGCUGCGAGGACAAGGACUACACCAUCUGGCUGGCGCACUCCAGCGAUCCCAGCGACCCCAGUGACGGCUGCAUACUGGGCUACAAGGAGCAGUACCGGCGCCUGCGCAAGUCCUCGGUGUGCCAGAACGGCCGCGACUACGCCGUGACCACGCAGCCGUCCGUCUGCCCCUGCACCCUGCAGGAUUUCCUCUGCGAUUUCGGGUAUUACCGCCCCGAGAACCAGUCGGUGUGCGUGGAGCAGCCGGAGCUGAAGGGCCACGACCUGGAGUUCUGCCUCUACGGCCGCCGCGAGCUGCUGCGGACCAGCGGGUACCGCAAGAUCCCCGGGGACAAGUGCGCAGGGGGGGAGAGCCCCAGCCGGGAGGAGACGGACAUGAAGAAGAAGUGCACCAGCACCCUGCUGAGCCCCAGCCAGCUGGCGGCGUCCCCCAGCUCCGUGCCCAUCGUCCUGGCCGUGGUGGCCGUGCUGCUCGUCACCGCCGUGGUCGGGGUGCUGCUCGUCAAGAAAUAUGUCUGCGGGGGCAGGUUCCUGGUCCAUCGCUACUCCGUGCUGCGGCAGCACGCCGAGGCCAGCGGCGCCGAGGGGACGGAGGGGACGGACCCCAGCUCGCCCCCCCGCAAGGGGGGGUACCACGACGACUCGGAUGAGGACCUGCUGGAGUAGCGGCGGGGACGGGACGGUGCCGAGCUGCCCCCCCCACGGCGGGCAGGGCCCGGGGGGGCUUCGCUGCUGGGGGGGCACGCGGGGGGGCUGAGUUAAUGCUGCUUUAAGGUUUCUUUCUGGCUGGUGGGGUCUGUUUUGUUUUGUUUUGUUUUGUUUUUUAUUUUUGUUUUGCUUUUGUGGUUUUGGUUUCUUGGCGCUUUUUUUUUUUUUUUUUUCCCCCUUUUUCCUUUUUCCACGAGUUUCUUC